AUGCCCGCAAAUAUUAACGGAAGUCCAUUACGGAACGCCUUGGAAGAGGGACGUUACGCAUUGGGUGUCCAGAUGGUCAUGCCUUCCGCACACGUUGCGCGUGUAAUUGCUGGCAUACCAGGACUUACUUUCAUAUCUGGCGGUGAAAGGAAGGGAUAUGCAAUAACAUUUGAUUGGAAAAAGUAUGUGUUGGUAGAUUUAGAGCACGGGGGUAUGUCCGAUACCGAGAUGCACACAGCCAUCCACUCGAUAGCUCCCUUCGGCGUGUCACCCAUAGUCCGGCUGCCAUCAUGUGAGGGGUGGCUUAUCAAGAGGGCGCUAGACGCUGGGGCUCACGGUAUUGUCAUUCCAAUGGUUUCGACACCAGUCAGUGAAACCCAGCUGACCGAGGGCUGUCUCCCACUGGAUACGCAGGAGGAAGCUGCCGCUAUUGCCGCUGCUGCUCGGUUUCCACCGCAGGGGAUUCGUGGGUUCGGAUCGACUUACUCGCGAGACGCCUUUGGCUGGUCAUCUGACGACGAGUAUCUCACAAAGGCAAAUGAUGAGAUCGUUGUAGCAAUCAUGAUUGAGACACAAAGAGGCUUCCAGAACGCAGAGGAAAUUAUCAAUACCAAGGGGAUCGACAUUAAAAUGACGGGAGAGACCGACAUGUGUCUGUCGAUGGGCUAUCCGCUCACACAACAUAACCCACCAGGAGAGGUGGUUGACGCGAUUCAACGUAUCACAUACCUGGCCAAAGCUGCGGGGAAAUGGCAGGGAGGUCGUAUACGCCCUUCUACAGAUGGAGUUCGGGAAAUGAUGUCUAAAGGGAUCCAGAUGAUUGGGGUUGGCUUGGAUGCUUGGGCAUUAAGGGAUGUUUUGACAGCUGCUGUUAAGGAUGCAGAGACAACCUCUUAA